UCCCUCAGUGUCUUCCCGAACGUGAGAGAGGGAGGACAUCCGCCGCGUCGCUCUGUCCCUCCCUUCUCGCUCACUCGCUCCCUUCGCCUCCACGCUUCCACACUUAACCUUACCGCUCUCUCUCGCUCUCACUCACUCCCCUUCAGCGCCUCCGUCAGUACGUGAGUGCGUGCGUGAUACAGGAGAGUUUUAAGGUGUUUUAGCGAGUUUUUUUUAUUGUGCGUGCGUUUUGCGUGUGUCUUCGUGUGUUAGUGGUGGUGAUGGUGGUGGCGGUGUUGGUUAUUCCUGCUACUUCUGCUGCUACUGUUUGUUAGAGAUUGAGAGAAACUGCUUAGUGACCGACUCCAUGCCUGCCUGACUGCCUGCCUGACUCCCUCCCUCCCUGCCUGACUGAAGUGUAAGGCGCCCAGUGGAUGUGAAUAAAGAGAUGUGAUUUCCAGGUUACGUUACUGUGAAAUAUUGUUUAAUGAUCGUUCUAACAGUGGAAGGGAGAAAUUCAAAGUGAGGAGUCUGAAUAUGUAAUGUGAAAUUGUUCCUAACUCUGAGUGAAAAUGAAGCCGAAGUGAUUUUUGGAGUAGUGGAAGUGACUAAGUUGUGGUGUUACAAGAUAUAGGAAAAGAAUAAAUAAAUAAAGGUAGAGGCGAAAGUUUGUUAAGAAUAAUGAGUGGAAAAUAGAACACAAGACCUUUGAAUAGAAAAAAAAAGAAGGAACUGUAAGAAAAAAAUAAGAAGUAACAAAUAAAGUGAACAGAAAACAAUAUCGAAGAAAAAAAUAAACAAAUCUAAGAAAACAAACUUAACAAAACAAUAAAGAAAUAAAGAAAAAAAUCUAAAACGUAAAGAAAAACAACUCGCAAACAACACCAAAACAAACAGAAGUAAACAGGAAACAGAGAGUGGGAAACAGGAAAGGUCAACACAAACAGGUGGAUGGGGGAGUGCACGUGACCUCACCAGGCUUACCGGGGUCACAGGUCACACUGAGAGGUCAACAACAGGUGGAUGGGGGAGGCCACGUGACCUGACCUGACCUGCUUGAUUGAGAGGUCAUCGAGAGGGAAAGAUGACCAAGAUGAAGCACCCUCCUCCUCCUCUUCCUCCUCCUCCUCUUCUUCUCUUCCUCUUCUCCCUCCUCCUCUCUUCACCUGCCGUCUCCCUGCACACAGAGCAAUGCGAGGCGGCCCUGGGCAUGCAGUCUGGCGGUAUACCUGACGAACACAUCUCCUCCUCCUCCUAUUUCGAUGCCUCCGUCAACGCAAUAUACGGCAGACUUUUGACGGAGGCUGGAGGAGGCGCGUGGUGCCCCCGAGAUAUGGUGUACAAGGAGGGCAAGGAGUAUCUGGAGGUGAACUUGGGGGCGCUGCACGUGGUGACAAAGGUGGAGGUGCAGGGACGGUUCGGGAACGGCCAGGGGAGGGAGUUCGCCCGCCAAUACAAGCUGCAAGUGUGGCGCCCGGGACUUACACACUGGGUCACCUAUAUGGAUGGCCGGGGAGAGGAGCUUCUCGAAGGCAACAGCAACACAUACUUGGCUCAGACGUCACAGCUGAGUCCGCCGGUCAUCGCCACCAGGGUUCGCUUCCUGCCGUACAGUGACCACCCGCGCACUGUAUGCAUGCGUGUGGAGCUGUAUGGGUGCCAGUACUCAGACGGGCUUGUAUCGUACAGUAUGCCUGACGGAGACCUGAGGGGCGGCGACACGGCGCUCUCAGACCUCACCUAUGAUGGCCAAGAGGGGCGGAUGGCUGGAGGGGGACUUGGCCAGCUGACUGACGGAGAGACUGGACACACGAAUUUCAGAGUGGAUGCCUUGGGAAUGGGUCGAGGCUACGAGUGGGUGGGGUGGAAGAACACAAGUCGCCAGGGCCAGCCGGUGCCUCUCACCUUCCAGUUCGACUCCCUCAGAAAUUUCUCAGCGGUGCACGUGUAUGUCAACAACCUCUUCACUAAGGAGACGAUGAUGUUCUCAAGAGCGCGCAUCACCUUCAGCGUGGGCGGCGAGCACUUCCCCGCCUACACCGCCGUGGAGUACCGCCACAACGCGGACAGGAUCUUCGAGCACGCCCGCAACGUGACCAUCAAGCUGCACGGCGCCGUGGGGAGGUACGUGAGGGUGGAGCUGUUCUUCGCCCUCAAGUGGCUCAUGGUGUCCGAGGUGUCCUUUGACUCGGUGCCCUGCCGCUGCAACCUGACGGAGGAGGAGGAGGCGGCGGAGGCGGCGACCACGGCGGAGACGGUGAGUGACGAACGGCUGGUGGAGGGACGCGCUCCAGUAGUGCCCGCCGAGCAGCAGUCCUCUGCCUUCCUGCUAGGUGGCCUCAUCUUCCUGGCGCUGGUGUUUGGCAUGGUGCCUCUGGUGCUGGGCGUGGCCUACUACCACAGGAGGGCGGCCAGGAAGGGCGGCAAGAAGUCCCCGCCGCCCUCGGAGGGCGGUGAGGCGCGAAAGGUGUCCAUGAAGAUGAAGGACCUGCACAUCAACGUGAACCUGUCGCCGGUGUCCAACGGGUACGCUAAAGCCAAGGGCAGGCUGUACGGCCACGUGGCUGUGGACGAGGAGGCGUCCGCCAUGUACCAGGAGCCCUUCAAGGCGCCGCCCAUGCACAACCCGGGCUACUACACCCUAGGUCACAGUGCCUCCUCAGACACGCCCCUCAAGUGUGCCCUGCCGGACACCGACGACUCCGUGGACUACGCCGUGCCGGAUGUCAACAUGACGCCGCCGCCGCCCUUCUCCGAAGUGUACACGCCGCCACCGCCCCCCGUGCCCCUCACCAAGCCCCCCGCCACGCUGCCCACCGCCCGCAGCCUGCGCGAGGCCGCCCUCACCGCCGCGCCCGUGCCCGCCCUGCCGCCGCCGCCAGACCAGGAGUACUACGCCGCGCCGCUGCUGUGCCAGCCCACCAACAUCCAGGGCGCGGCGGGCACCGUGGCCUACGCCGUGGCGGACCACGCCGCGCUGGGGCCCGAGCCGACGCUGCCCGAGGUGUGCAGGGCGCAGCUGCGCGUGGUGGACACGCUGGGCGAGGGCGUGUUCGGCCUGGUGCAGCUGUGCGAGGCGCGGGACGCCGCCCCCGCCGGCCCCAGGAAGGUGGUGCUCAGGACGCUCAAGCUGGGGGCGGACGAAGAGACCAAGAAGACCUUCCGGCAGGAGACGCAGACGCUGGCCAGGCUGGACAGCCCCAACGUGGCGCGCGUGGUGGCCGCCUCGCACGCCGGGGAGCCGCCCUGUGCGCUGCUGGAGUACCCGGAGCACGGCGACCUCUGCCAGUUCCUGCAGCGACACAAGGUGGAGGAGGCAGGUGGUCCCAGCACGUGCGUGGGCGUGCUGGACCCACGCGCGCUCAGCUACGGGGCGCUGGUAUACAUGGUGACCCAGAUCGCGUCGGGCAUGCAAUACCUGGAAGCGGCGGGCGUGGUGCACCGCGACCUGGCGGCGCGGAACUGCCUGGUGGGGCGCGGCCUGACCGUCAAGAUCUCGGACUUGGCCAUGAGCAGGGCGCUGUACUCCGCGGACUACUACCGCCUCAACGAGGGCCGCACGCUGCUGCCGGUGCGCUGGAUGGCCUGGGAGUCCAUCCUGCAGGGGCGCUUCUCCAGCAAGAGUGACGUGUGGGCCUUCGGCGUCACGCUGUGGGAGAUCCUGACCCUGGCACGCCAGCAGCCCUUCGCUGAGCUGAGCGACGAGGGCGUGCUGGAGAACGCCUCCCACUGCCUGCACGGGGACGGCGCUGGCAUGAUGACGCUGCCGCAGCCGCCGCUCUGCCCCAGGGAGAUCUACGACAUGAUGGCCGCCUGCUGGAGGCCCGCGGACAGGCAGCGGCCGCCCUUCUGGGAGAUCGUCAUGUUCCUGCAGCGUAAGAACCUCGGCUACACCUUCGACUACGCCAACUAACGCACUCACCCUCCUAGCGCCUCACGAUCCUGGCGCCUCACGCUCACGUCCAAUCAACCAACGCUCACACCCACUCAGCGCUCACACUCAACGCUCAAAAGGACGCUCGCCUUCUGAAGUGGAGCAAGAGUGAAGGUGCCAAACAAGGUGCCAAGUGAUAAGUGACUAGUAAACUCAACCCCGUGUACUUGUAAGUGUGUGUGUGUGAAGUGGCGUGAAGUGAACCGCGCGGUAUCGAGACGGGCGGGACAGGUUCAGACGGGAAGGUGAACCGAGGCAAAGCACCCAACGAAACACUCAUGUACAUACAGUGAACAAUACGUAAUGAGCCACGCGACAAAUUAAUGUAAAUAUAUAUACGAAAAAUAACGAGAUUGCGAAUGUAUAAUCAUUUAUAUAUAUCGAACAUUUGAUAGUGACCUUACAGAGAAUCAAAACUUUAGCCGUGACGGGACAAACUAUUAUUAUUAUCAUUAUUAUCAUUAUUAUUAUUAUUAUUAUUAUUAUUAUUAUCAUUAUCAUCAUUAUUAUUUUAUUAUUAUUAUGAGACCCUGAAGUUACACAAACAGAUGAACAAACAAACAAAUGAACAACGAAUCGAAAUAUCUCAGGAAAGAGAGAGAGAGAGAGAGAGAGAGAGAGAGAGAGAGAGAGAGAGAGAGAGAGAGAGAGAGAGAGAGAGAGAGGCACAAAAAAUCAAAGGUAACAUAAAACUAAUCAAGCACAGGUAAGCAGCUCACCUGUCCUCCCUUUACCUGGCGAAGGAGGAGGAGGAGGAGGAGGAGGAGGAGGAGGAGGAGGAGGCACGGCAAUCCUCACCCUUAUAACCUCAUAACAACCUCACAACUGCACCUACCUGUAAAAGAAAGGAAAACAUUGUCGUUGUUAUUGUUAUUAUUAUUAUUAUUAUUAUUAUUAUUAUUAUUAUUAUUAUUAUUAUUAUUAUGUAGAAGGCACCUCAUCUCUGCAUUUCAUGGCAUUUAUAGUUUUCAAGGUGUUUAUAAUGAAAGAAAAUCAAAGCUCCACUAAUGUAUGUAAUAAAAGAACGCUAAUUUUUAUACCUAUUAAUCUAUACACUCAUAAAUACACACACUAAAGAAAGAAAUACACUUAAUUAAUACACAUUCUGAAUAGAAAUACAUCCUUAAUAUAUAAACACACUCUCCCUUCCCUUUUCUCCGUCCCUCCCUCCCUCCCCCUCUCCCCCUCUUCCCAUACCCUCCCCUCCCUUCUCUCCGCCCCUCCCUCCUCCUCCUUCCUGUACUAUCUUUCCUCCUCCCCUCUUUCCAUACCCUCCCCUCCCUUCUCUCCACUCCACGCUCCCUCUUCCCUACUCUGCUAUGCUUCUUCCUCUCUUCUUCUUCUCCCUCCACCUCAUCCCUCCUCCCUCCCUCUUAUCAGUAAUGUGGUUCCUAUCUUUCUCUCCCUCUCUUCCAUCUCCUCUUUCCUUUUUCGUUCUUCCUUUGCUCCUCUCAUCCCUUCUUCUCUCUCUUCCAUCUUCUUGUCCUUUUUCCCCCUCCUUCCCUUCCACUUUCUUUCUCUCCCUCCUUCUCGUUCUCUUCUUCUUCCUCCUCCUCAUCUCUAGUUUUGAGAAAUAAUGUUCCAUAUAAGGUUUUUUUAAUUUUUUUUCCUCAAAAGUCUUCCUGAUUGAAAAAAAUACUAGAAUUACUAAUAAGCUAAUGAAAAUGGAGUGAAUAAAUGUGAUUAAGAGAAGAGAAUGAAGAUAAUGACUGAAAGAGAGAGAAAAAUGUGAAAGUAUGUUGAAAUUGAAAACAAGUAGUAGAUAAAAUGUUUGAAUUACUGAUAAAUGAAUUUGAUAGAAAAGAAAAGAAAAUGAAUCAUCAAAGAAAACUGAAAAUAAUAAAUAAAUGAGAAAAAAAAUGUAAAAAUACGCCUAAAACCCAAAAUUAAAACCUACAAACUUUAAAAAAUCCCUAGAAAAAAUAUAUAAUCACGAAAUAAGUCCAAAAUAUUAACACAAUCAUAAACACGAUAAAAUACAAAACCUUUAUAUAAAAACGGUAAAAACAGGGAAUACGUAGAGUUAACAAGAGAGCAUCGGGAGGGAAUAAGAUAGAACCCCCUUUGUAGCUUCCCGAUCCUCCUUUUGUAGAGUUCGAUCCCCUUCAGUGCCGCUCUGUAGAGGAUCGAGGUGUACAUACAGACGUACAUAGAUUCACACACAAAUACAUGAGCUUAUUAUACAAAGGGUGUGUGUUGGGAGAGGAAAGACGCAAUAUUUAGUAUGUAAAGGUGAAAUGUAUGUUGUUAUUGUUGUUCCUUGAUUCAUUUUUCAUUUAUUUAUUUAUUUAUUUAUUUUUUUUUUGUGUGUAAGAAAGUUAUCAUUUUUUUCACUUUUAUCUUUAUAUUUUCUUUGUUUUUUUUCUCUUUUUAUUUAUUUUUUUUAAUGGUUGUGUGAUGAUGUCCGUGUCUCUCUCUCUCUCUCUCUCUCUCUCUCUCUCUCUCUCUCUCUCUCUCUCUCUCUCUCUCUCUCUCUGCACAGGACAUCUCCAGAUUUACGUAUGUUUAUUGAAUUAAAAGCAAUUUGUAUAAAGUGUAAUAUAUAAUCAGGGUGUGCGUGUGUGCGUGUGUGCUCACCCACGCCUGGCCCGCCCACCCCUACACACACACACACACACACACACACACACACACACACAACACAUGGUUAAUACACGUAAACGUCAAUACACACUCAACACACUCAGACGCGACAAAACAUGAAUAGAAAUAAAAGUGAAGAGAAACACAAAGGAACACAAACGAAACACAAGUCAACACAGUAAAGAUGCAACACACACAUACAACCUAAAUCGCACCGAACACAAACAAUUCAAGCAAUACGAACACAAACAAGACAACACAACGAGAAAACAAGAGGUACACAGCAGGAACACAAACGAUGAUCCAACAACAGAAGCACAACAGGAACACAGAUUCAUACAGACAGUGAUACAAAAACAACACAAGCACAACACAGUCAUCUGACAACCACAACGCAACGCAACACAAGCACAGCACGAUUUGGCAACCAACCACAAUGCAACACAACACAAACAACACGAUUACCAAAACAAACAUAAACACAACACAAACACAACACAACACACACACACACACACACACACACACACACACACACACACACACACACACACACACACACACACACACACACACACACACACACACACACAGGCAGGGGGUGGCGGCGGACAGGCACACCAUAAUAACUUACGAUAAAAUGUUUUCCACGAAAACUUAUCGAUGUAUUUGUAAAUAAAAAAAAAAAGAUUUCUAAGGAU